AUGAUCUCCUUACUUUCAACGGCCCUUGUGCUGGCUAGCGUUGGGCAGCUCGCUCUGUGUCAAUUCGUGGCUGUUCCCCAAAACCUCACGUCCAAAACAGGCUAUGCCAACGUCACCGUUCGCUACAAGUCUGUACCGGCAGGAAUCUGUGAACAAGACCCCGAUGUCAAGAGCUUCUCCGGUUACGCCGAUGUGGCGCCUGGACAGCAUAUCUUCUGGUGGUUCUUCGAGGCGAGAAAUGUCGAUCCCCAGGAGGCACCCUUGACCAUCUGGAUCAAUGGUGGCCCAGGUUCGUCUAGCAUGAUUGGUCUGUUCCAAGAGUUGGGCCCUUGCACCGUCAACGCUGAUGGCGAGGCCGUGGACAAUCCUUUCUCCUGGUCGAAUGUCACGAACAUGAUCUUUAUUGAUCAACCAUCACAGGUCGGUUUCAGCUAUUCAGAACCAGUCCCAGCCUACGAAGACCCUGGCGGUUUCCUUGUCCAGCUUCCCGACAACACUUGCCCCGAAUAUGCCAGUGACUGGGCCUGUGGAACUUACUCCUACUGGAACGAAUCAUUGACCGCCAACAGCACUCCUGCGGUGGCACCAAACAUGUGGAAGACACUCCAAGGCUUCAUGGGUGCCUUCCCGGAAUACGCAACAGAUGGAGUGUAUUUCACAACCGAAAGCUAUGGUGGCCAUUAUGCUCCAGUUGUCUCGGAGUACUUUGCAGAACAGAACGCAAAGAACAUCAGCGGAGCUCACGAAAUCAAUCUCCAAGGUGUGCUGAUCGGCAAUGGCUGGUAUGAUCCUUUGAUCCAGUACCAGGCGUACUACAAUUUCAGUGUCUUCCCUGGAAACACUUAUGGAUAUGAUCCGCUCAACCAGAGUGUGAAAGACCAGUGGUACAACAACCUCUACGGCCCAGGCAACUGCUACGACCAAACCGUAGACUGCAAUACUCGAGGAAUCGAUUCCGUCUGCGCCGCAGCAGACAACUUCUGCCUGUACGCAGUCGAGAACCUCUAUGACAUCUACCUGGAGCGAGACGAGUACGAUUUCCGUUACCUGAUGCCGAAUCCGUUCCCUCCAAGCUACUACGUUGACUACCUGAACACCGCAGAGGUCCAAGAGGCGAUCGGGGCAUACGUGAACUUCAGCGAAUCCAACGCCGCAGUGGGCGCGGCAUUCACGUCGACGGGAGAUGACGACCGCGAGAUCGGGACCGUCGAAGCCAUGCAAAAGCUCCUCGAACAAAACAUCACGGUGGUCAUGUACUUCGGCGACGCCGACUUCAACUGCAACUGGAUGGGCGGGCAGGUCGUGGCGGACCACGUCAACGCGCCGGGCUACGAGGGCGCCGGGUUCGUCAACAUCACGACCACGGACGACGUCGUGCACGGCCAGGUCAAGCAGUCCGGCAAAUUUGCGUUCGUGCGGAUCUACGAGUCCGGCCAUCUGGUACCUUUCUUCCAGCCGCUGGUGGCUCUCGAGAUGGUCGACCGCGUGCUCAACGGCUUCGACAUCGCGACCGGCAAGAGCGUCGUCUCCGGCGGAUACAUCACCAACGGCACGAAGCUCAGCACCUUCCACGAGGGAAAUGCCACCGUCCAAUUGGUGGUCACGGACCCGGACUUAGUGUACAACACCACGACGAAUGCGCCGAGUAACGCGACGACAGGGGAGCCGCCGUCCAAGCUGAAGAAGAGGAAUGAAAAGCAGAGCAAGAACAAGAGACAGAAGAAGCCGUAUCGCCUUGGAGAUUGGCUUAAGCAGAAGAGACAAGCGGAUCUGAGCAGGUGGUUGUAA